AUGAUGCGCCGACGUAAGCAGAUUCGCGAAGCUCAGCGGGCCUACCGCAACCGCAAAGACAAGGCCAUCACCGACCUCGAGGAAAAGGUCAAGCGCCUCGAGGAGACUUGCACUACCAUGACCCGAGACUUCUCCAGCUUCAUCGACCUCUUGCACUCCCACGGCGCGGUGUCUGCCAACUCGGAACUGUCACUCCGCCUCGACGAGCUCAGCAAAAAGUUCUUCUCCGCGCCCUCAUCCACGGCGGCAAUGCAGGUCCAGGCCCAAGUCCAAGCCCAGCCACAGGCCAGCACCGCGAUGGGGACCGUCUUCAGGGAGGGCGACGUACACAGCGUGGCCUCGUCGACCGCCGGUGGCGGGGGUGGUGGUGUCGGCGACAAGCUCGCUAGCCAUCCACCUCGGCACAACAGGAGACCCACCAUGGGCACCAUCAGCAGCGCCUCGAGCGACAACUUUGCCGCCAUGCCGCAGAGACACUCCCUGGGCAUCGUCCACAGCUUCCCCUCGUCAGCCACCGACUUCUUCCCCCCUGAUCCGUUCGCCUACGAGGUCAUCACCCAGCCGACGCCCGAGAACGCCAGCUUCCCCUCGUAUACGCCGGAUCCCCAGGCACCGAGCGGCUGGGUCGAGCAGCCGGCCAUCACGCAGGCACUGGCCCCCCCGCCCCAGGCACUGGCGACCGACAUGGCGACGUCGGUAGCGCCGCACCAGUACGCGCCGCUGGAGCAGUCAUUCAGCAGACGCCUCCAGCACGCCAUGCUCCAGCGAAUGCUGAUGCUCGCCACCAUGGCCAACCCGUCGCCCGGCAAGUUCAGUGCCGUCUUCGACACAGAAUUCAUGUUCGAGUCGCGCGACUCCAUCAUCUACCGGCUGACGGAGCAGAUGCAAUCUCUGGCACGCGGUGGCCGGCCCGGCGGCGACAAUGCCAUGUCGCAUGGCGUACGCUUCGACAAGGGCAUCCAGAUGACUUACCCCUCAUCCGACGGCGUCUUUCUAGAUACCGAAGAGGUCGAGAACUAUCUCGGCCAGCGCGGUGUGCGUAUCCCGGGCAGCGCAGACUUUAUCGACGUCGAGCUGUCCCCGCACGAUUUUGGUGGCGGUCCCGCGGCCGAGGGCGGCAAUACGUCCAUGUUUGGUGAUGGCAGCAUGGGACGUGGCAGCGGUGCCGGUGCGUCGACCGGGACAAUGAACGCCUUUCUCUAUCCGGGGGCGACAAAUGUGCCGGUCGGUUCAUCUUCAUCGUGGACAUCAUCCCAGAGCCCGGGGCGGCUCAAGGUGACGCUCAACGUGGGUCUCUUGGUUGAACAAAUGGUCAACAAGGCGGUGUUUCUAGGCAAGACGCCCGGCAUCCGUCCUAGCGAUGUCGACAUUUCAGUUAAAGUGGCUACUGGUCUCUACCAGCAUUAG